AUGGACCUGGAAGGUCUCCUGGAACAACUGAGGGCAGAGAUCAGCUGCCUCAUGUGCGUGAACUUGCUGAAAGAUUCAGUGACCUUGGACUGUGGGCACCUCUGCUGUGCCUCCUGCCUCCAGCAGCACUGGCAGGACCUUAUGAAAAUCCUCCCCUGUCCCGUCUGCCAGCACCACUCUGCCCACAGGAAGCUGCAGAAGAACAGCCGGCUAAGCGCCCUGGCUGACAUGGUGAAGCAGCUGCCCAGCUCAGGGAGCAAGAGGAAGCAGCAGCAGGAGCAGGAGCAGCCCCUGUGUGAGCAGCAGGUGCUCAGCCUGUCCUGUGAGCAGGACCUGCAGCUGGUGUGUGCCCAGUGCAGGGUGUCCUGUGAGCAGCAGGGUCACCCUGUCAACCCCACCGAGAAGGCUGCUGCUCAGCACAGGAAAAAACUCAGAUCCCAAGUGCAGGCCCUGAGGAAGCAAAUGGAAGAUGCACAUAAGGGGUUAAACAUGCAAAGCAAUGAAAGACUCAGAUUUAGAUAA